GUUUGUUGAGGUCAAUGUGGCUGCUUCCUGUGUUUUGAGCCUUAGUAGAUAUGCUGAUGUUCUACGACAUUUGCAAACAUUGACAAGACCGCACGAUGCUUGGCAGGCCUUAAUUAUACGAUCUGUCAUGUUCUGGAAUAUUUACAGGGUUUGCGAACCUUACAAGCAGAAAAAUAAAUAGCGUAGAAGCUUAUUUUAGUGUCAAGAAACAGUCCGAGAGGUCUUGAAAUUAGGACCACCCCCAUAGUAAAUUAAAUAGUAAUCAGAAAUAGUGGGGGGUUUAGAUACAAAGAAAUAUCAAAACUACCGGCACUGGUCGAAGUUUUCCUAAACUUUGGGGAUGACCCCUCGAAAACUAACUUUUAAUUUUUUGAGAUGAUUCUCAAACCAGACAGAACUGUUCUCGAGAACAAGACUUAACCGAUUUAGGUCAUAUCUUCUUGAAAUAUCAACUGCGAAUCAAAACAGGUUGAGAUGCGUAGCGCUGAAGUAGCUGUCAACAGCUCGUGUUAAGGAAUUAAAGAACUGGAAAUCUGUUAAAACCUUUUAAGAUACGAUUUUGUUUUUAGAUUUCAAGUCGACGUGAGACGAGAGGGAUUGGUCGUCAAAAUGUAUUGUGACAGCAGCAUUUCAAAGCUUCACCCGUUGAGAAAUAACAAAAGAACCUAUUUUAAUUUUGGCAAGAAAACAUCUAUCAAUCAAUCUAAUUUCUGAAGGUUUUUAUAGGAAGGCAAAGUUGUCAGGCCUGUCGAAACGAGUUAUUAGCAAUUCAAAAUCAUUGAUUCUUUAAUUUAGGCCAGAAUCACGUAGUGCUUCAGUGAAGCAAUAACGCAAGCCUCGUGAACACAGAUAUUAAUUUUUUUGAAAACGGUUCAGUCGUCUUAGUUUAAGAAAUCACUGGAAGGAAUUGAUUUCUAAACGGUUAAUUGCUCAAGAGCUAAUCCAGUUAACUGUAUUUAAUAAACAAUUCGCCAGCUCCACCAUUGAACAAUGGUUUUCCCGCCCUCUUCUGCCGAGUUAAUUCAAUGUUUUGAGAGGCGUGAGGGAAGAAAGGCAUUAGGAUACGGGAAGUGGUCAAAGAUCGUUCAAUUACACCAGGAUAGCAAAACGCACACCGGAUUGGCAGCUCACUAAAUGAGAUUAAAGCCUUAAUUGGAAUACGCUGUUAACGAACAGAUAGUCAGGGAAAAGGCAAGGCCAAGUUAAAGGGAAUCGUUUUAAGCCCUAUAAAACCUUUGGCUUUUGUCUGAAACAUUUCAAUAGCUAUCAUUUUAAUUAACGUACAUGUCAAAGGGGUGACAUCUUUUUAUCACCCUAAAUAAAUUCUCCUCAAACAGUGAAUAAUAACAUGUGUUCUAUGUCAAUUCAGGCGAGUCAUACAUGACGUGUCUCAAGCUCGCUCAUUAACCAACCCACACAUUCCAACCUACCCUUUGAUCUGUAUACAGUCAAUAGGCCAGCAGCCAUCUUGAGUAGCGUCCGUCAGGACUUCAGUAAUGUCUUCUUUCUCUGUGAAGAACAUCCUCAGCCUGCCGGAAUCGUGUCUUCAAAGCUGCUCCAACGCUUCUCCACGGGUUCCCAAUAUUUGCCAAGGUGUUAAUCUCUCCCCCGAUCGUUCUACAGGAUCUAAUUGCAUAAUAACGACGAUGCCUCCAUCCGGUCCGCAAAGCCAAGACAACACUUCGGGUCCUCGACCACAUCCUGAGAUGAACGAAGACUGUGCAGGGAACGAUGUGCUACAGCAAGCUCCAAAAAUUAACAGAGACGAGUCUAGCGAUGUUCCAAAGAAAAGAAAACGACGGGUGCUCUUCACCAAACACCAAAUCUAUGAGUUGGAAAGACGAUUCAGAUAUCAGCGCUACUUGUCAGCCCCAGAAAGAGAACAACUGGGCCGGAUGAUCAACUUGACGCCAACACAAGUCAAAAUAUGGUUCCAGAAUCAUCGAUACAAGCAAAAGAAGCAAGCCACAGAAGCAGGAGAAUUUAAAGAUUCUCACUCGCUCUAUCCCAGAACUGUGCCGGUGCCCGUUUUAAUCCGCGAAGGUCAGCCAUGUUAUUCGAGUGAUUUUGGCAACUCCGUGGGAAAUUACUACCCGAACCAAUAUCAACCAACUUACGACUACACAAACUCUUACGGGAACUCUUAUUCUUACACAGCGCCUAUUUCAUCCAUGAACUCGUCUUGCAUGCAAGCGUACUCGUAUUGUAAAUGGUAAAGAAAGACCAGUAAUGUUCUAUAAACUGUGGAGGAAUUAUUUCACAAUGAAUCACUGUACAGUCUUGUUUUGGCCGUUACAAGAUGACAGCCUAAACCAUGGCCAAGAGAGACCAUUGAAACUGUCGAUCAGUCGAGAAAACUCGACAAAUCUUUUCUUUCUCCCUCUCUAAAACCCAUUUUCUGUAGUUUUUGGAAGAGAACCUGUAAAAUAUCUCCAAGUGCCUAACUGUAAUAUUGCCGCAAUUCUAAGAGUUGAACAUUUAAAUCGCAUCAAUUUUGUCAAUUACACUGUCCACGAAAACUCAAGUCUGAUACUUAUACAAGAGCAAAACUAUGGCUCCCGUUCGAAGAAGGACGCCAGAAUUUUUUUCCUUUUGUCACAUCGUGACAUUUUCUGUUAUUAGUAGUUAGAAAGUGACAUUUUUAUUUUGCCAUUGAUAAAUCUGUUCCUCGAGAUUUUCUUAGAGUUACUCUUCACGUUAGGGUAUAGAUUACAUUUCACGGGAUUAAGUAACAUAGGCAAUGUCUAACUGAGAAAAGAAGACCCGCAAAUGGAUACACCGUCUUUCCUUCGAAAUACUGUCAGACAAUAAAAAGAUAAUGGAGCAGAUUUUUCCAAUGAAGAGACAACCUGCUGCGGUAAAUGAAGAGUAUCAAAGGGCGUGUUUGCUUCAUCGGGCUUCAUUUGAAAACAGACAUCUCAUUUACUUAAUGUUUUGUGUAUUGGUAGACAGCGUUCCUUCAGUGGUUCUUUCUUCUAUUGAAAAGUGAAAUGAAAUGUUUUUAUGAUUUCAAAUAAGACAUAUUUGAGCAGAAGUUUAAAUACAGGAAAAGAUAGAAUUUUAUGACAAUAUCGAUAUAGAUUAAUUCAUUGAUGAGACCGAUGCGAAUCCCAGAGAAGGAAGACUUCGUGGUCGAUAAACUAAUGUAGUGCCUGUGACUCUAUCAAUGUAUUCAUGCUAUUUAUCCUCUAUGCUUUUGCUAAAAAAAAUUCGUAAAUAAUUGGUGACCUGUUCAUCACCUCCUUUAGUCUGGGAGCACAAGGACGCAAGAUAGUUUUAAUAGCCAAAUGUUUUCUGCUCGUGGCUUUUGGUUGCAAACUUUUAUUAACAAUCCAUGGGUUGGAAAAUAGCUACCAGAACACAGAUUCACCAUUUUAAGUUACUACAGAAUUCUUAAUUUAUUUCGUUCUAAAUGUUUUCAUGUGGUGCGUAAAUCUAGUAGGACACUUCGUCGAACGAAUAGGAUUUAGACUUACCGUCGAGUUUAUGAAUGUGCAAUUAAAAAAGUCCAUUGUGGUUUGGUUGAGGUAGUUCGCUUCUCUGUUCAUAUAUAUGAUCUGAUGUACAUAUAUUUACAUCCAUGUUAGUAUGUUACUUUAAAUUCGGAGGAGAGCUCCACAAUAAAACUUCAUUCGUAAGAGAGUA